ACCGGAUAGAAAUGCUAGAUGGAAGAAACGGGCCUGGUCCUUCUCCCUCCUCAACACUUAUUUUGAGUUGUAGUUUUGGGUGGUCCAAAACUCCAAAUCCUAGAGGAUAAGAAAACGGCUCAGUUUGAAGCACUCUUUCUCUCCCUCUCGCAUCCAUCUUCAGUUCCUCCCUCUCUUCUACUUACUAUGUUCCGCUGCUGCAACUACUGCUAUGUCUUUUCUCUUUUGACUCAGAGGUGAAGGCUGAAGCAUGCUAUGUCUUUGAAGCUUUAUAUGUAGAACAGCAGAAAGAGAUGUCAAUCUUAUCAAUUUCAUCUUCUUCUUCAUCAUCAGCAGUUGGGUUUUGUAAUUCCCACAAACACACUCCUCCUAAUGUAUCUUCCUCUUUAAUAUGUCCCUCAUUUCUCUCCCCACUGCCACUUUCCUACCCAACAAACCACAGGCACAAGAAGAAGAGGGCCAUUGGAGUCAUGUCCACCAAGCUCACAGUCCUGGGCUUCAGAGUUAGGACUCAGAGACUUUUCUUUGAUGGGUUAUUUAAGGAGGGAACCUCCAUUGCCAAGGGCUUCCAAGCAAAGAGUAGAGAUCCUCUCUGUUUCCGGGCUCAAUCUAUUUUAUCCACUGCAUCGCGUUCAACAUCAACAGGAACAACUACAGUUCUUGAUGUGGAGAAGCUGAGAUUACCUUCUUUAGAAGUUAAUUCCGAUUCUUUGGCUGCAAAUAGACCAUGGACAUAUACAGGGGCAACUGGUCCUCCCAUUGAGGCAAACUUUGGAGCAACUUUAGCUACAGAAAAUCUUCUUACAAGUGAAGAGGCUGUAAUAGCAGCUGCUGCGGCUGAAGCUGUUACUCUUGCAAAAGCGGCUCUCAAGGUUGCAAAGGAUGUGGCAUUGCUGGUUAGCACUAAUCACUCUGCUAAAGCUGAAAGUUCAUCUCCAGUUUCUCCCAAGACUAAUGCUUUGCAUUUCAAAUGGGCUAAGCAUAUGGAAACCAAACAACCUUCUAGAUUAGGAGCUUCCAUGGGAUCUGAAACUGCACUGGUGGAAAAUCAUUUCAUUCAGCUUGCCAUAAAAGAGUCAGAAGAUGUGGAGUCAACAAAUCAAGAAUUUGAACUUCUGCAGGAGCAACUUUCCGAGGGUAUAACUGCAAGAUCGAGUCGUCAAAUAGAAAGGAAGGCCAGAAGAGCCAAAGCAGCAGAGAAGGCUGCUGCAAGUGUUGUGUCAGUGAAGUCUGGUUCAACCAGCAGAAAAAAGCGUGCCUCUUUACAAGAUGUAGACCAUUCUGAUCCAUUGCGUUACCUGAGAGCAACUACCCACACUUCUAGGCUUCUUACUGCAAAUGAAGAAAUUGAGCUUUCCGAAGGAAUACAGGAACUAUUGAAACUGGAAAAGCUCCAGGAGGAGCUUGUACAAAGAUGUGGUGGUCAGCCCACAAUUGCCCAGUGGGCAGCAGCAGCAGGAGUUGAUCAGAAGACAUUGAGGAAGCGCAUAAACUAUGGUAUUCUGUGCAAAGACAAAAUGAUCAAGAGCAACAUAAGGCUUGUUAUAUCAAUUGCAAAAAAUUAUCAGGGAGCUGGGAUGAAUCUACAAGAUCUUGUUCAGCAAGGAUGUCGAGGUCUUGUAAGAGGUGCAGAGAAAUUUGAUGCUUCGAAGGGUUUUAAGUUCUCAACCUACGCACACUGGUGGAUUAAACAGGCUGUUCGAAAGUCUCUUUCUGAUCAGUCCAGAACAAUUCGCUUACCUUUUCACAUGGUGGAGGCGACUUAUAGAGUUAGAGAGGCUAAAAAGCAAUUGUAUAGUGUAAAUGGAAGACAUCCUAAUGAUGAAGAAGUUGCAGAGGCCACAGGGCUGUCAAUGAAGAGGCUUGCUGCUGUAUUACUGACUCCAAAAGCCCCUAGAUCUCUGGAGCAGAAAAUUGGCAUCAACCAGAAUCUUAAACCUUCGGAAGUAAUCGCAGAUCCCGAUGCAGAAACAGCAGAAGAUAUGCUGAUGAAAAAAUUCAUGAAACAGGACUUGGAGAAGGUACUAGAUAGUCUCAAUGCAAGAGAGAAACAGGUUGUCAGAUGGAGGUUUGGAUUGGAGGAUGGAAGAAUGAAGACAUUGCAAGAGAUAGGGGAGCUGAUGGGAGUUAGUAGAGAGAGAAUUAGACAAAUAGAGUCAUGUGCUUUCCGUAAGCUGAAGAACAAGAAAAGAACUAAACAUUUGCAGCAGUAUGUGGUUUCAUAGGCCUAUGUCAAUAUGGGGAUUAAAUUGCAAAACUAGCAGGUAGUUCAUUUGCUUUGAUAUUUAUCUAUAUUAUGGCUUCUCUUUCCAUGUUUCAGAGUGGAAAUGUACUAUUUUCUCCUUUUGUAAUACGAGAGAAUAUUUGUGCAUAGAAACAGAAUUUUUUGGAUCAAGCAUUUCCCAUUCUUUUAAUGUAUCAAAGAAGUACUUAAACAGAAA